UACAAAUGGCGGACGGAGUAGAAAAUAAUUGAACUGAAUCGAAAACAAACGGAAAUAUAUCCCAGUUUUUGUUUAUUUAAUUGAGUUAAUCUCGGCAAUUGUUCAAAAUGGCGGUCAGCCUUGAAGAAUACUUCAGAACAACCUUUGAGGAUAAACUCCUCGUUAAAAUGCCAGAAAGGGAGGAUGACCACCUCACCCCUGCAACUCGACUCCUGGAAAAAAGGAGAGAAAUGGCAGAGGUUGAACAGGCGCUUGCAGCACAGAAAGAGGAAUUUCAAAUGAAAAUGGAGAGUUUACAACAAAGAAGAGAAGAACUUGAGAGGAAAGAAUACCAACUGAAAAAGUCAUUGCUUCAAUUUGACAAAUUUUUGAAGGACAAUGAUUCUAAAAAAGCGAGAGCAGUUAAAAAAGCAAAUGAUGAAAGAGAAAUGAAAAGACAAAAAGAGAAAGAAAUAGAAAAAUUGAAAGUGGAAACAGAUGAUUUCAACAAGAACAAAGAAAAACUUAAGCGUAAGCUUGAGAACUACUCAGUAUUUCACAAGUACAUGGAGAAAGCGUUAGAGAGAGGUGAAGAGUUUCAUGAGAUGAGAGACGUUAUUGCGAGAUACGACACACUUACUGCCACACAUGAAGACCUAUUGAAAAGUGAUCAGAAAAACCAAGAUGUGAUAGAACGACACCGACAAAACCUGAUGAAAUACGUAGAGGAGAAGGAUAAUGAGAUCUUAGGCUUCAACAAUCAGCUGUCCAGCCUUCAGACACGACUUGAUGAUGCACAGAGUGAUGCUGUUAAGUGGGAAUCACAGUGGACCCACAUCAAAAACACUGCCGCCAAGAAAACACUGGAGCUCGGAAGAAUUAAAAUGGCGACCCACAACUUGUACCAGUUGGUGAAGAGACAUCAGAAGCAGGCUGCCGGUGCUGAGGAAACACCAGAUCAGUUGAACCAGAUUCAGAUGUUCUUGGAAGAUUUAACAGACAUUGUGCACGACCUGAAACGCCAGGAUACAUUGACCACCUCAGUUGGCCCCUCCUCCAGCUAGCCACACCUACUUUUAACAGCUCUGCUCCGCCCACUUCUAAUAUUUCACCAGUUCUCCCAUAUCUCACAAACGCAGUUAUACACAUGAUACAUGGACAUCCUUUGUAUUCUUUUAUUGGCAUUAAAAUAUAAUGCUGAGUAUUUUAAAUUUACGUGAAAAUGCAAAACAACAAGGAAAGAAGUUGACAUUUUUAGGGGACAUACCGUUCAGGAAAAUAUGAAAAAAAAUGAGUAUGCUAGAUGUUAUCUUUAUUGACAAAAGCAUAGUUGUACUGUCUUGAAAACAAAUUACAAGUAGAAUUAUUUUUUAUAUGCUUUCUAGUGGUUUAUAGAAAAUUAUCAGUGAAAUAAAAAUGAUAUUUCACAGUUCAAACAGUGAAAUAACAAUUUGAUAUUUUUAACUGUUUUGAAAUUUUUACCUGCUCUCACUUUCAAAUAAAAUUCAUAGCGCACAGGGCUAAGACACAAUUUCAAUGACAUUUUCGAAAUAAUGUUGCAUUGGCAUACAAUUUGGCACGCUUUUCUGACAAAGCUUCUAUAAAAAGCUUUCUUUAAAACCUUUUUAGGCAUAUAAUAUAACUAAGAAAUAUGCAUGUAUACUUAGAAAAAGCUCAUAAACAAUGGUUUAGACAAUCACAGGGCCAGUAUUCAAUAUUGAACUUAUCCUUAUCCUUAGACAUGCCUCAGUGAUUCCAUUCAGCCUAUUGGUCAGCUAAAUAUACAGGCCAAUCAAAACACUUAGUUUCUAAUCUUAAAUUUAAGUUCGAUCUAAGUUGCUUAUUGAAUACGGCCCCCAGGUACACAUAUCAUACCGGUAUGUGUCUAUGCAACAGAAAACAUUUCGUAUAUUUUGAACCACUAAAACCGAUGCUAGCUAUGCAGAUGAUGAGUACAAAAUGCUUGUGACAAUAAAGUGACUCACAAACUACAUUACAGUUAAUGUCCAAUAAUAAAUAACAAACUACCCUUGUGCUAUUUGCAGAUUCAGAUGUUUAUUCAGGAUUUGACUCUGAUCACCAAUGAAAUCAAACGCAUGGAGCUCGCCGGCACGUCAAUUAUUCCCCCAUCUUCGAGCUAAAUUGUGAUGCCUGGUCUUAUUCAUGCUGUAAAUUGUCUUAAUUUCACGAAGUCAAUUUUUUUGGCGAUUUCUUUGAUUUGGCCAAUUUUGCACGGCUUACAAUUUGCAACGCCAUUGUUUAAUUACUGGCAGAUAACACAAACCUAAUUUUGCUAAAUUUCCCGUUUGCAUCUGUGUCAAUUUGUGAUUUUUAAAAUCGCAAAUAUAAAGCCCUCACAAAUUUUACCAAUCUACAGUAAUAAUUGUUGUGCAUUUACAGGUAAUCAAUGCCUAGUAAAAUUAAACAACAUGGAAUUUAAGUACCUGCAAGUACCUAAUAAGUAAAGAUGACAAAAUAAUCACAGUAGCUGCUGUAUGUACACUGUUCAAUUUGGUCAGUUGAUGCUUUUAUUUUUAUAUUCAAAUGAAUGCUCGAAAUUCUUCAUAAUUUUAGUGCACUUUUACAAGAAAUGUGAAAGCAUAUCAAUAUAAUUGAUAUGUUAAAAGUAACUGGUGUUUUAUAUACACAAUUUUGUUUAACCUUUUUUUCUCCUCUUAGUCAGAUAUUAACAAAAAAAACGAAUAUAUGCAUUUUUUAAUCCAAUAAGUUGUAAAGCUCUUGAUAAAAAAAAAUAUUGUGAUGGGGUUCAAUAUAAUUCUUGAUUGGAUCUCAGAAUGAUGUAGCUAAUCGGAUUGUAUGAAAUAACCUCAAAUUUGAUUUUAGAUGCAUAUUGAAUACCGACCCAGCGUUCAUCUUUUGACCUAAGAACUGGGUCAAUAUGGACAAUGUUUUUGAUAGCUUGCUACACUGAAUUACUUUGUUAUGAAAUGGUUAAUUAAACUGCUUUUCAUGAUUAUAUUACAUAUUGCUAAUAUGAAAUGAAUAAUUGAUAUUGUUUUGUUUUUAAAUAUGUCACUUUGUCAAUAAAAUAUGAAUAUUUA